UAACUGAUAACCUCAAUAUGCAUGUGACAGUUCCUACAUUUACACCUUCACGUCACCAGAUACACCUUCAAGUCACCAGAAAGAAAAAAUACGACUGGAGAGACUGGGAAGUAUGUUUUUUGACGCUGGCAACCUUUGAUGUGAACUUUUAACUGCCUGCAAAAAAGAAUCGAAGCAUUAUCUUCAUUAAAUAUCGUUUUCAGAUAGGAUAUUGUAGCAAAUCAACAAACUGUUAAGAAAAUGAAAAGCUGAAGGACAGAAAUCUGACAUCACACCAUUCAAGACUUAUCAAGAUUUUUGCCUUUUACUACUGACAAUCUCUCUUCCACAAGUGAAAUAAUAUUUCGUUUCACUACGUAGUAAUUGGUCAUCUAUUUGACGUUCUUUAAUUAUCAGCAUAAUGGAAAAAGAAAAACACGAGGAAGACAUGUUCAAGCGCUGGGGUGCAAGUACUGGGACUUUAAGCAGGAGGAUCAUUGGGGCAAGUGCUAGUAUGCGAAACAAAUAUGAAACGAGCAUGCAGAAGGGGACAAUUUAUUUGGAAACGAGUAAAAUAUUAUUUCUGGGAGAUUCUGGUGUAGGAAAGACAUCCCUGCAACGCUAUUUCCGAGAAAAGGGUUUCUCGGAAAAGUAUAAUAUCACUCGCGGAAAUGAAAAGCACCACGUGGAAACUGCAGCCGUAACGGACACUUGGGAAGAUGUUACUGACCCUGAAAACGAACAGCAAUAUGCCGCUAGUUACGUAACAGUGAAAAAGACUGAUUCUCCUUCAGAAUCUCAAACAGCUGUAAAUGGUGCAUUGUUUGAUCAACAUUUCAAACUUACAAUUGGAUUGCUAUGCGUAUGCGUUGCUUUUGCUCUUUUGCCCUUUGGGUUAUGUUCUUUAAAAAUCAUAGGGUGCACCUUCUCUACUCUGUUUUUCCCUAAUAAUUUGCCGAUGGGUAUCAGAUAUGCUGAAGGUACAGCUCUCAGUAUAUUUUACAGAUAUGCUCUUAUUGAAACCCUAUACGCUGACAGAAAUAUGCAACAGAGAAUGAACAACCCUGACUUGUUCUUAGAAUUCCAACUUGGUGUUCUUUGUUGCGGGUUGGUGGUAGGGUUUGUGUUAGGAUUUGGGUGUAGGGCAGGAACCUCGAUAGUAUUUAGUUUGGUCUGCCUAAAAAGUCAAGGCAGUAUGCUCAACUUUCUCCCAGUUGUUUUUGAUAUUCUCCGUGAAUUUUGUCUUGACUUUAAACAUGCAUCAGCUGUAAUUGUGAUUGCCAGUCUAACGUUGUAUUUAUGCCAAGCGUAUGUGUACCACGGGAAAAUAAACAUCAAGCAAUUUUGUCUUCAGGUUAUCGUUUCAAACUUUGCAACUGCCCUCAUAUAUCAGAUGAUAAACAGAGAAAUAUCCGAGUUUAUUCAAGGACGACCAAGCAACUGUUAUCACAUUGAUUUGGUUUGGUGCUGCUGUUGGCAUCUACGUAUGCAAAAACACGUCACCAAAUCUGAUGCGUAAACGGUUUUAUAUUUGGUUGCCUGUUUAUAUGAUAGCGAUAAGUUUGUGUUCUUAUUUCCUCUGUGGUCUCAUUUUAUGGUGUACGGAAAAAAAUUACCGCCAUUAUCUUAUUAUCUUCUUGGCUUGUUCUUCAAGUGCUAUGCUACAAUACACGGCAAUGAUGGUAAUUGGCCGGCCUCUUGCAAAAGUUUAUGAUUUGCCUUUCUAUGCACGAAGGACACUGGGCUUUAUUUUAGGUGUCGGAAUGGUUUAUUUUAUGAAUUGGACGGUCGCUAUUCCUCCUGGAGAAUUUUUAUUAGAUCAGGUGUUGUCUGUUGGUAUUGUUGUUGCAUUCGAGUUGUGGGGCUUUUGGCGGGUGAAACAAGCAAUGAAAAUGGGAAUCGAUUUAACUAAAAUAAGACUGGCAAAAUCAAAGUACGAGAAUGGAGUAUCAGGCAUGCGUAUUAAGUUUGUGUUAAUUGAUUGUGGAGGACAGGAAGAAUAUCAUUAUUUCCAUCAUUUAUUCAUACCAAAGGACGCUGUAUAUAUUAUUGUAUUUAACUUUGAAGAAGCUAAAGGACUUAAAGACGACAACGAACUGCGCGUACAAUUCAAAAAACUUCGUUAUUGGUUAAACUUCGUGUUAGCACAUAUAUGUUUACCUGCUGGGAAAAAUCGCAAACAGCACAAACCCAUCUUCAUUGUUGGGACGCACAGGGACAGUGUUGACAAGGAGGUCAGAUUCCUGAUCUCUCAGGAAUUGACACACUUUUUUGAAAGGGAAGGUAUCGAUCAAUACAUAUCUUGGAAUGAGGACACCCUGAUAUUUGAAGUGGAGAAUUCGGGACAGUGCAAGAGGGACGAACAGGGAAAAUAUCUCAGGCAGGAAGUUGCGAAAGUUGCAGUUUUUAAAAGGCAAAAAACUGAGAUCAAAUGGCUAAAAUUUUCGAAAGUGAUGCCAAGUUUGUCUCCAAUCAUAACGAUCUCAGAAUUGAAAGACUUUGUCAUUGAGAAAGGUGUCGUUAAAGACGAGAAUGAGUUUGAAAAUUUUGUUAAAUAUUUCAACGAGAGGGGGGAUAUUUAUUGUUGCAACAGUGAUAGCAGCGAUUGUCAAACACGGUUUGUCGUCUUGCGUCACGGACAGUCAUGGUUCGUAGACUUGUUUUUGGAAAUACAAGACAUGAUGAAAAGAAAAGAAAAAAAGAAAGGUAUCUUAAAUGAAAAUACCAUGAAUCAGACAAUACACUGUAAAAUUGAUAGCAUGUCUAAGUGUCAAUCGCUGACAUGUGAAGACACAAAACAUUUAAAAGACAUUUGUGGAAAACUUCUUGAAGAAAGUAACUUAAUCGUUAAGGUACCUAGCAGCCCGUACUAUCUCGUGCCAUUUCAGUUGGAAACCGCUAGCCAAGAAGACAAAGACAGUCUUUGGAAAACUUCGUCAGGCAAAGAAAUUAGGUUUGGUUUGGACUUUGAAGAAUUUGAACCAAAGCCAAUAUUUUGGAGGCUUACAUCUACUGUGUUAAAAAUGAGCGGAGACAAAUAUUUCAAGGAAAAAAACUUUCAGCAAACUGUGUAUUCUGAUUUUGCUGUCUUUACAGAGCCAUCCACAGGGGUCAAGUAUAAACUUGAGAUGAAAUCCAUUAUUUCACAAAACGUGAUUUUGUUUACUACUAGUAGAGACUCUCGUUUACCUGAAGGUGCCAUAGAACAACAAACUUACGAGAUCUUCGCUAAUCUUCACAAACAAUUGAAUUAUAUUUGCAAUACAUCUUUCCCUGGGCAGAAAUAUUCUGUGGGACUAGUCUG